AUGGGCAUGUCCUGCGGCGAGGUGUGCUGCCCGGAGGACUGCAACGACGAACAGUGCGGCUGCAAGUGCGGCGAGUCCAUCAUGUUCCUGGGCAUGUUCUUCCUGGCGGCCGCGUCCGCGUUCUGGGGCGUGGGGGAGCUGUUCGGGUGGAAUGGAGCCGACACGCACUUCCAGCAGGGCAUGACCUACCACUCCUUCAACAUGUUCUGGUUCUACCUGGGAGGUCUCACCACCGUCUUUGGUAUCCUGUACGCGUUCGUCAUCAGGGGCGGCAAGGCCUUCGGGCGCGAGCCCGAGGACGCGGUGGACGAGAGCGCCAGCAAGGAGGGCGAGGCUGGGGCCCCGCAGCAGGCGCCGACCCCGUACAUCAUGCUGGCGGCCGAGCCCUGA